ACUGGUGACACAGGAGAGCGGUCUCACCUCUCGAGGAGCAAAUUGUGACCUAAACGCUUUUUUUUGUACGUUUUUUUGUUUUUUUUUAAUGUAUAUGCGAGCAGAAAUGGAGAGCGACCGCAUGGGUUCACCUCCGCUAAACGUGCAGUUACCAUGGUUACUGUAAUACACGGAGAACGCCCGUUGUUUUGAGGCGGCGGCGGGGGAUCCACUGUCGCAUGCCAUGUGGGAGUAAACCUUCCCAGGAGGUGCCAUGCUAGCCACACAGAUGCCAGAAAUGCCACCUGAGGCUAAAGAUGUCAAACAGAUCAAAGAGAAGUUGGCACAGUCUCUAAAGGCCCUGCAGAAGCGAUACGUGACGUCAGACACCGUGGUCACCAGUGACGAUGCUGACGCUAACCUCCUCUGCUGUGCCCUUGAGGCCAUCUUCAUCCACGGUAUCAAGACCAAGUACAUCCGCUUGGAGGCUGGGGGCCGGAGCAAGAAAGGAGACAGAGGACCCCUCCCUCAGCCUUUCUUCUGGAGCCUUCUCAAGACAGUUACCCACCGUGAUGUGAUCACAGAGCUGGAGAAACUCAGCUUCGUGGGCACGGACGUGGGUCGCUGUCGAGCGUGGCUGCGACUCGCCCUGAACGACGGCCUGCUGGAGUGUUACCUCGCCUCUCUGUUCCGGGAGGACUCCAAGCUGCGGGCCCACUACCAGCCCAGUGCCUUGCUCCUGAACGCAGAGGAACGGGAGGUUCUCCUCAGCUACCUCCAGGGUCUAGCUUCGCUCACAUUCAGCCUUUCUUACAAAUCAGCUGUGCUAAACGAAUGGACCAACACGCCUCUGGGUCUGGCUGGACUCGUCCCCUUGUCCCAGGCGGACUCUCUUGACCUGCCCAUUAAAAGCGGAGACCUUCCCACCUCUAAGUCUGUGUAUAAAGACUCAUGGGAUACUGUGUCUCAGUCGUCAGGCUCUUCAGAUGCUCUGGAUCUGCAGAGAGGUCUGGGGCUGCUGGUAAGCAGAGGGUCGAAUGGAUCACAAGGGGGAAGGACUACGUUAAACUCAUCUAAUUUAAGCCUGGACACCACAGGCUCCUCUCAGCUCUUCAGUUUGAGCUCCGAUAGCCUCCUGCAGGGGCAGGACCCCCGCAGCCCCACAGGAGAGCAGUGUUCAUCAUCUGACCUGGAAAUGCCAAUUACUGUCAACCAUAGCAGCAGCAGCAAGAGGAUACAGAAAGAUUCUCUGACUGAGUUCAGGGAGAGUGGCCAAUGCAGUCAGGACUCCAUGCAUGAAGACUCGUUUGUCUCCAGCACGGGUCCAGAUCACUUCUCUGAGACGGCCAUUUUCAGCGGCUCUGACAGCGAGGCCCCCGCUCCUACUACACCACCCGGAGACCAAAGCCAGAACUCUGCUCUGUCUGAUUCAGAGCAGCCACAAACAUCCCCCGAACUGCCAUCAUCUGAUGAGAACGAUGGCAACUCUUCUUUUGAAGCGUGCAUUUGUACAUCUUCUGAGAUCAACUCGGACACAGACGUGCUCUCGACAGUCAGCGAGCCUGCAGAGGAAGUUACCACGACCAGAGCCGAGGCGAGUCCUGAGCAGGAAGGGAAAGAAGCAGCGACGUCAGAGCAGAAGACCUCUGAGUCUUCAGUUAAUCAAGGCGUACGUCGAUCUUCCAGCAUCCUGAGCAGGAAGUUAUCCUCGGACUCUUUAUCACAUUCCCGCUCCUGGAUCUGUGAGGACGACAUCUACAAGCCCCAUCUGGAGGAGGAGUCGGAGGACGAGGAGGAGCCUCCUCCCGCUGAGCCGAAGGUCUCUCAGUCGGCUCCCAGUGUCGUCCAUCGCAGACAGAUAGGGAUCCCCAACCCGUUUCGGGGCUUGCUGAAGCUCGGUCAUCUGGAGCGUCGAGGCGCUGUGGGGAUUUGGCGAGACUACUACUGCGAGCUGUCGCCGUUUGAGUUCCGCAUGUACCUCAACGCAGAGGAGCGGGCGUGCUACGACAACUGCUCCCUGCUGAGAUGCGAGGAUGCUCGCGUCACCUCGCCCGAGGGCCGCUUCGAGCUGGUCUUUCAAGGGAAGCACCUGUACCUCCGGGCCGCAAACGGAGAUGGGGCAGAGGACUGGGUGGAACGCAUAGUGGAGGCUGUCAACAAAUGUCGGCCUGCGUCUCGUGUUGACGAGACGUGGGAGGUGCUGCAGCCGGAGAACGGUGUGGAUGUGUCAUCCCCGUCCUCCGGCCUCUCCAGCCCUGAGCGAGGGUCAUCGUCCUCUGACGUGAGGUCAAACGGUGUGCAGGAGGCUCCUCCUCCUCAGCAGGACUUCGACUGGACUCGGACUGCUGAUUUGGAAACAGAUGCCAUCAAAGAAGCCGUUUUGUACUUCUCCACAGAUCCCGAGGCUCGAACGUGGGCCCCUCUGGUCUUCUCCCUCUCCUUGGAGGCUCUGAAAGGCUUUCAGGUACGGGAGGGGAGGAAGCUCCUGCGGCUAAACCACUCUAUCGAGGAAAUCCGGGACGUGGUGCCAGACGUCUCCAUGGGAGGACCGGCCUUCUUCAAACUCCUGACCGUCAAGGAGACACUCAAACUCAGGGCGGAAAGCCCGGAGGAGGCUCGCUCCUGGAGAGUUUUGAUCCGUGGAGCUCUGGACGCGUACCUAGAGUGCGGGGAGGACGGGGUCUCCGGGGAAUCAGCCGUAGGGCAACCGGAGGUGAACGGAAACCUGCACAGACUGGUGCAGCACAGACUGAAGGAAGACGGAGCGUUUCUGGUUCAUCUGUGUGCCGUGCCGUCAGAGAAGGGUCUGGAUGCUCAGGGCUUCAGGUGUGCAGGGUGUCCCAGGCAGAUUGGCCCGUGCCGAAGCAGAGCGAGGCUGUGCGAGUUCUCAGGCCAGUACUACUGUGACUCCUGUCACCAUGGAGACACCACCGUCAUCCCUUCACGCAUGGUGCACAACUGGGACCUCACACAGCGAGAGGUGUCUAAGAAGGCGCUGCGGCUGCUGGCUCAGGUGGAGCACGAGCCUCUGCUGAACGUGGAGCAGCUGAACCCCGAUCUGAUGCUUCACGCCGAACCCAUGGCUCAGGCUCACAACCUGCGACAGAGGCUGCGUCUGCUCGGAGACUACCUGUUCACCUGCCGCAGCGGAGCCUGCAAGAAACUCCAAGCCAGAAUGGAACAGCGGUCGUACAUGUUGGAGUCGAGCCACCUGUACAGCGUCAUGGACUUACGGCAGAUAGCUGAGGACCAAUAUGCGAACUACCUGCUCACACUGCUGCAGCACGCCUCCAACCACGUGUUCCACUGCGAUCUGUGCACCCAGCGAGGCUUCAUCUGUCAGACAUGCCACGCCGAUGACAUCAUCUUUCCCUUCCAGUUUGAAAUCACCACCAGGUGUAAGGACUGUAAGGCCGUGUUUCACCUGGCCUGCAAGGCGCCCGACGACCCGUGUCCUCGCUGUCAGCGGAUGAAGAAAUACCUGGAGAGAAAUCUUCAGGACUGAGCGCAUCCCUGCCCCGCUCUCUUUCAGCACGACAGAACACUGCUGAGAGCGGAGUGACUGGAAAUUAAAACAAAAAACUAGCUUUUACAUGAAGUAACCUCAAGUGCAAUUAUGAGUGAUCCGCCUGCUAACCGGAGAGGAAAACGUAGGAGCCACAGUGCUACAGUAGCUCGAGUCUGCACUAAUGCAGAGGCACGUUAAGCCUCGGGAUGCUGACUUAACGCAGCCAGCUGUUACUGAACAGUGACUUUAAUACCUCUCUGAUUUCUCACUCAGCCACGACAUCAAACAAAGGACUGGACAACGGCAGCAGUUCCUUGCCAAGAAUCUUAUCCGGCACAUUUUGUUUUUUUUCAUUGUGCUUUCUUUUUAAAUUUUUUUAAAUAUUCUUAUUGUGUCGGUGUCAGAAGAAUCAUGUUUACUAGAAAUGCUCGUCAGCACACUCCAGCAUUUUGUCUCAGAUGCACAACUAAUGAAGCAUAACACAGGAACAAAGUGCAAAACAUGGGAGGACGCAGCAUGGGGAAUGUUCUAAUAAACACAUUUUGAUUGUGCCUUCUACUUAAUUUAAGCUUUACACGAUGUUUCACUUUGUGUGUCUUUCAUUCAGGGUCACAUAGACUGUUUUAUAUAUAUAACCUUUGCCAUAACCAUAAGGGGGAGUUACACUAUAGCAUUAGAUACUGAUUUAUAUUUGGGUAAACAGAAGUUGCUUUGAAAAAACUUAGAAAAGAGCAUUAAAUGACGUGUGAUUGAACAUAAAACUUUUUUAUCCAAAGGGUUCUGAGGCAUGUUUAAGGAAUGUUUUCGAUUGUAAGACUAGGAUUAUGUCCAGCAGUGGUUUCUCAACUGGUGGGAGGGGGGACCCAGAAGUUGGUCGUGGAGCCACUUUCAGGGGGUCUCAAAUGUGUGACUGGAAAAAAAAAAAAGUUGUCAAAAGUCUAUGAAGCGCUUUUUAAGCACGAUUGUUUUGUUCAGUUUCUCCCUUUAGUUACAUGUUUUGUAACGACUGCGAGCCUGAUUUUUUUUUCUGCAUGAAAUUAAUCUGAUUGGUCGGAAAAUAUCAGAAGUUUGGGUUGUUUCUGGAGGAGUUGGAGGCGGGUCCUGGGGUCAGACGAGUUGAGAACCACUGAUGUACAGUGAGCAGGCCGUUAUUUAACUUUAAUGAUCUGCUCACAGCUACUUAAUUAAGAAAUAAAUGAUAUGAAUUGAAAAUAAUUGUUUCACCUCUACUUUAAAAUGUAACAGCUGAGUUGAUAGCAACAGUUUGUUAUUCGAUUAUAACUGAGCGUAUAAUUCUGUUAACCAAUCAGAAUGAAGUUUUAAACAAAGCUGUGUUAUUUACUGACAAGAUUAAACAUAAACAUGUUGCCGACACAUUUCCAAAUUUAGAUUUCUGAGGAUUUAACUGGAUGUGACAUUGAUCCUGAAAAACAUUUAGCAUGUUUGCACUUUUAGCUCCGACUGUUUAACGGAUAUUUCAUCGUUUAAUGCAGUUGAAAUACCACGAGCACAUGAAAUAACCCCUCAACUUAAAAAAAAAAAAGACUCCUCCUUUGCUGACAUUCUCCACAUUCAUUUGUGCUCUAUUCUCCUCUCUGUUGUAGCAUCAAACACACAAUCGCGAUACAAACACAACUUUUAAAAUGUGCGGAAGUUAAAGAGAAAUAAAGACAGUAAAGGGUUACUUAUCAAGGUCGUCUUGAUGUAUGCAGAUAAAGUCACUUUCAAGUGAGAAUAUCACAGUACUGUUAUCAUGGUGUCUUUAUUUUUUAAUGUCAUCUCGUUCAUUAUGUAAGAUGUACAAAUGAAAAUAAAUAUGUGUGUUAUCUUCUGA